ACGCUUAAUCGCUUCGCUUCCGCCCUCCAUCGAUCACCUCCAAAGAUCGAGAGCGGCUCGCUCGUCAAGCGCUCCAUCGAGCCGUCGGUGCAGGAGCCAAAUCAUAUAUAUAUAGGCGGACAGGAGGAAGACCCGCCGAUGGGUCACCACCGCGGCGGCUGCCGCUGCGAGCUCUGCGGCGCGCCCGCGGCCGUGCACUGCGCGGCGGACGCGGCCUUCCUCUGCGCCGCCUGCGACGCCAAGGUGCACGGCGCCAACUUCCUCGCGUCGCGCCACCGCCGCACGCGCCUCCUCCUCGCGGCGCCGGACGAGUGCGGGUACGAGUCCGGGGCGAGCUCCUGCGUGUCCACGGCGGUCGACUCUGCGGCGCCGCCGCCGCGGCGGACCCGCGGGGGCGGCAGCCCGGGCCCGCGCUCGCGCGGCGAGGCGGUGCUCGAGGCGUGGGCCAGGCGGACGGGCCUGACGGCGGCGGACGCGCGCCGGCGCGCCGCGGCGGCGGCGCGGGCGCUCCGGGCCCACGCCCACGGCCUCGCCUCCGCGCGCGUCGCGCCGCGCGUCGCCAUGGCCGCCGCGCUGUGGCGGGAGGUGGCGGGGCGCGGCGGGACCGGCGGCGGCGGCCACGGCCACGGCGAGGCGCUGCGGCGGCUGGAGGCGUGCGCGCACGUGCCGGCGGGGCUCGUGGUGGCGGUGGCCAAGUCCAUGGCGCGCGCGCGCGGGCGGGGGGACGAGGCCGACACGGACGCCGCGGCGGAGGGCUGGGACGAGUGCGCCUGGGCCGGGCCCAAGUCCAGCCCGCCACGUCCUUGAUCUUUUCUCGUGCUCGCUGAUGAAAUGAAGAACGAAACCGAACGAAUGGGAGGACACAGACUUCGGGAUUUGUGGACCUUGUUUGUUUUGCGCAAGGCCCAACAAAACUUGUGGUUUUAGAAUAGGAGACACAGCAUAUAUUAAAGUAUUGAUUAGACUUGUGAGCUAAUGUGGCUCCAAAUGCGGUGCCCGGGUGCCCACAAUGUUCGCUAAACUGCAAUUAUCCGCAUCACUAUUACAUGAUAUAUAUCUAGACAUAAAUCUAAAGAAGAUAAAGCAUCUUAUACUUCA